AUCGGAAGAAGGUGGUAGUUGGGCGAUCGCGGCUCGCCCUCCCUUCCGGAUGGAGCGAGACCGGGAGACGGCGGGGCUUGGAGCAUUCACUCUCACGUGGACCUUUACCUGCCCAUUUAAGGCGCACCAAUCCUUCUACAAUCUCUAGCCCUCUCUUCUGGUUUUCGCCUCCUCUCUCCCCCGGUUUCCCCCCUUUCUCAGGUAAUCUGCCCGCUUAUUGGCUAUUGUUAGUUCCGCGUGGGCGGGUGCGUUCUCCUGCAAACUGAUCGCUGCCUGCUUCGAAGUCAUGUCUGAAGCUCAAAGGGAACCUGUAAUUACAGAAGCUCUACACCUGAAUAGAGUUGUAAAUGGAACAUUUCAAGUCAGACAUACAGCUGCAUUGUCUAAAGUGGAUGAUUUCUGCAAGGCUCUUGGUGGAAAGACACCUAUUCACAGCAUAUUGAUUGCAAACAAUGGAAUGGCAGCAGUUAAAUUCAUUCGCAGUGUCAGAACUUGGGCCUAUGAAACUUUUGGAACUGAAAAGGAAAUUCUUUUGGUGGCUAUGGCAACUCCUGAAGAUUUGAGAAUUAAUGCAGAGCACAUAAGGAUUGCAGAUCAAUUUGUUGAAGUACCUGGUGGAACCAAUAACAACAAUUAUGCUAAUGUUCAACUCAUUGUUGAGUUGGCAGAGAUAACUCAUGUUUCUGCUGUGUGGCCUGGUUGGGGUCAUGCUUCUGAGAACCCUGAGCUUCCAAAUGCACUGCAUGCCAAGGGAAUCAUUUUUCUUGGGCCUCCUGCUGCACCUAUGGCGGCACUAGGGGAUAAAAUAGGUUCUUCUUUGAUUGCUCAAGCUGCAGGAGUACCAACACUUGCUUGGAGUGGCUCACGUGUUAAAAUACCACCAGAUAGUUGUUUGGAUACAAUUCCGGAGGAAAUAUACAAGGAAGCUUGUGUAUAUACAACAGAGGAAGCAGUGGCUAGUUGUCAGAUGAUUGGUUACCCAGCCAUGAUCAAGGCAUCUUGGGGUGGCGGUGGUAAAGGCAUAAGGAAGGUUCACAAUGAUGAUGAAGUUCGAGCUCUGUUUAAACAAGUGCAAGGUGAAGUUCCAGGGUCUCCAAUUUUCAUAAUGAAGUUAGCAUCUCAGAGUCGGCAUUUGGAAGUACAGUUACUAUGUGACCAGUAUGGAAAUGUGGCUGCUUUGCACAGUAGAGAUUGCAGUGUUCAGAGGAGGCACCAAAAGAUUAUCGAGGAAGGCCCUAUUACAGUAGCCCCUCAUGAGACAGUGAAAAAACUUGAGCAGGCUGCUAGAAGGCUUGCAAAAUGUGUAGGUUAUGUGGGUGCCGCUACAGUUGAGUAUCUUUAUAGCAUGGAGACUGGUGAAUACUACUUUCUAGAGCUCAAUCCUCGAUUACAGGUUGAACAUCCUGUAACUGAGUGGAUUGCUGAUGUAAACUUGCCUGCAGCUCAAGUUGCUGUAGGGAUGGGAAUACCUCUUUGGCAAAUUCCAGAAAUCAGACGGUUUUAUGGAAUGGAUAAUGGAGGAGGUUAUGAUGCAUGGAAGAAAACAUCUAUUAUGGCAACUCCUUUUGACUUUGAUAAGGCUGAGUCUGUUUGGCCUAGAGGACACUGUGUAGCUGUUCGUGUCACUAGUGAGGAUCCAGAUGAUGGGUUCAAGCCUACAAGUGGAAAAGUGCAGGAAUUGAGUUUUAAAAGCAAGCCUAAUGUGUGGGCCUACUUCUCUGUUAAGUCUGGAGGUGGCAUUCAUGAGUUCUCUGAUUCUCAAUUUGGCCAUGUUUUUGCAUUCGGAGAGUCUAGAGCUUUGGCAAUAGCUAAUAUGGUUCUUGGGCUGAAAGAGAUACAAAUUCGUGGAGAAAUCCACACAAAUGUUGAUUACACAAUUGAUCUCCUCAAUGCUUCAGAAUACAGAGACAAUAAGAUCCACACAGGUUGGUUGGAUAGUAGAAUUGCUAUGAGGGUCCGAGCUGAGAGACCACCUUGGUACCUUUCGGUUGUUGGAGGCGCGCUUUAUAAAGCUUCUACUAGCAGCGCAUCCAUUGUCUCGGAGUAUGUAGGUUAUCUUGAAAAAGGGCAAAUCCCACCUAAGCAUAUAUCACUUGUCAACUCUGAUGUUACUUUGAAUAUCGAAGGGAGCAAAUACACGAUUGGAAUGGUAAGGAGUGGACCAGGUAGCUACAAGUUAAAGAUGAAUGAAUCAGCGAUUGAAGCUGAAAUUCAUACUUUGAGAGAUGGUGGUCUCCUGAUGCAGUUAGAUGGAAAAAGUCAUGUGAUAUAUGCUGAAGAAGAGGCUGCUGGUACUCGCCUUCUUAUUGAUGGAAGGACUUGUUUAUUGCAGAAUGACCAUGAUCCUUCUAAAUUGGUGGCCGAGACACCAUGCAAACUGCUUCGUUUCUUGGUUUCUGAUGGUACGCAUGUCGAGACUGACACACCAUAUGCUGAAGUUGAGGUUAUGAAGAUGUGCAUGCCAUUGCUAUUGCCAGCUUCUGGAGUAAUUCAUUUUGCGAUGUCUGAGGGCCAGGCAAUGCAGUCUGGUGAUCUUAUAGCAAGGCUUGAUUUGGAUGAUCCAUCUGCUGUUAGAAGAGCUGAGCCAUUUCAUGGCACUUUUCCUAAACUGGGGCCUGCAACUGCAGUUUCUGGCAAAGUUCACCAAAAAUACACUGCAAGUUUAAAUGCUGCACGAAUGGUUCUUGCAGGAUACGAACAUAACAUCAUUGAAGUUGUCCAAGAUCUUCUGCUUUGUUUGGAUAGUCCAGAGCUCCCUUUCCUUCAAUGGCAAGAAAGCAUGUCUGUAUUGGCAACUCGUCUACCAAAAGUUCUAAGAAAUGAGUUGGAGAUGAGAUACAAGGAAUAUGAAGCGACUUUCGGGACGAAAAUGGAAUUCCCUGCCAAGUUAUUGAAGAAGGUUCUUGAGUCUCAUCUCUCAUCCUGCAAUGAGAAAGAAAAAGCUUCACAGGAGAGGCUUGUGGAGCCUCUGAUGAGUCUUGUGAAGUCGUAUGAAGGUGGCAGAGAAAGUCAUGCCCGCGUUAUUGUGCAGUCUCUUUUUGAAGAGUAUCUAUCUGUCGAGGAACUGUUCAGUGAUAAAAUUCAGGCUGAUGUCAUAGAACAGCUCCGGCUUCAACACAAGAAGGAUCUACUCCGUGUAGUAGACAUAGUAUUGUCUCACCAGGGUGUGAAAAAUAAAAGCAAGCUGAUACUUCUACUCAUGGAAGCCCUGGUUUAUCCCAACCCUGCUCCCUACCAUGAUCUGCUAAUUCGUUUUUCUGCUCUUAAUCAUACAAGUUACUCUGAGUUGGCACUGAAAGCAAGCCAACUUCGUGAGCAAACUAAACUUAGUGAGUUACGGACAACCAUCGCAAGAAAUCUUUCUGAACUGGAAAUGUUUACUGAAGAAGGAGAACGCCUUUCAACCCCUAGGAGGAAGAUGGCUAUCGAUGAGAGAAUAGAAGAUCUUGUCUGUGCUCCAUUAGCUGUGGAGGAUGCACUUAUAUCUCUCUUUGAUCAUUCUGAUCCUACCCUCCAAAGAAGGGUUGUCGAGACAUAUAUACGUAGAUUAUACCAGCCCUAUAUCAUCAAGGACAGUAUCCGAAUGCAAUGGCACCGUUCUGGUCUGAUAGCGUCGUGGGAAUUUUGCCAAGAAAAUACAGAGAAAAGAUGGGGGGUGAUGGUUAUCAUUAAAUCUCUUCAACUUCUACUAUCGGCAACUAGCACUGCCUUGAAAGAGACAUCUCGUUUUGCGGAUUCUGGGACUGGAAUCACAAAUGAGCUUCCUCCUCAUGCUGGCAAAGGCAAUAUGAUUCAUAUUGCUUUGAUUGGCAUUAACAACCAGAUGAGUACUUUACAGGACAGUGGUGAUGAAGAUCAGGCCCAGGAAAGGAUAGAUAAACUGGCGAAGAUUUUGAGAGAUAAUAAAUUGAGCUCUGAUCUUCUGGAUUCAGGAGUUGGUGUUGUUAGCUGUAUUAUACAGAGGGAUGAAGGACGAACUCCUAUGCGCCACUCCUUUCACUGGUCAUCUGAAAAGAAGUAUUAUGUGGAAGAACCUCUACUUCGUGAUGUGGAACCUCCUCUUUCUACAUUCCUAGAAUUGGAAAAGCUGAAAGGCUUCCGAAACUUUAAGUAUACCCCAUCAAGGGAUCGCCAAUGGCAUCUGUACACUGUUUUAGAUAAUGCUAAUACCAAGCGGAUGUUUCUUCGAACAAUCUUGAGACAACCAAGGACAAAUGCUGGCUUUGGAUCAAGCCCAUCCCUUGACAUAGAAAUAUACCGUGCCCAACCUUAUUUGUCCUUUACCUCUACAAGCAUAUUGAGGUCAUUCAUGACUGCUUUAGAAGAGUUGGAGUUACAGGUCCACAACGCAACUAUCAGAUCUGAUUACUCUCACAUGUAUAUUUGCAUUUUAAGGGAGCAAGUAUUUCAUGAUCUUUUACCACCUUCGAGAAUGAUGGAUGAAACUAGCAUACAUAUGAUCUUAAAUGAAAUGGCUGUCAAAAUUCAUGAAUUAGUCGGUGUUCGGAUGCAUCGUUUGGCUGUUUGUGAGUGGGAAGUGAAGCUACGGCUUAAUUCUGAAGGACCCACUGGUGGUGCUUGGAGAAUUGUGGUGACCAAUGUCACUGGUCAUACCUGCACUGUCCAUAUUUAUCGGGAAGUGGAAGAUACAAAAUCUUAUGAAAUGGUUUACCAUUCCUACACGGAUGUGCACGGUCCUCUCCAUGGCAUCCCAUUAAAUGCUCAAUAUCCAGCACUAGGGCCCAUUGAUAAAAGGCGUUUAAAUGCCAGGAAGAAUAACACGACUUACUGCUAUGAUUUCCCAUUGGCAUUCGAGACAGCACUUAGACGGUUGUGGGAAUCAUACACAUCCAGUAACAUUAGGGUAAACAAUAAUAGAGAUCUCAUUAAAGUGACAGAGUUGGCAUUUGCAAACAAUCAUGGAGAUUGGAAUACUCCUUUAGUCACUGUGAGCCGGUCCUCUGGUCUCAAUGACAUAGGAAUGGUAGCCUGGUUAAUGGAGAUGUCUACACCAGAAUUCCCUAAUGGAAGGAAGAUCAUAGUUGUGGCAAACGACGUCACUUUCAGAGUUGGUUCAUUUGGUCCAAAGGAAGACGCAUUCUUUCAUGCAGUGACCAAUUUAGCAUGUGAUAAAAAGCUCCCUCUGAUUUAUUUGGCUGCAAAUUCCGGUGCCAGGAUUGGCGCAGCUGAAGAAAUAAAAUCUUGCUUCAAGAUUGGGUGGUCUGAUGAGGCAAGCCCAGAACGUGGCUUUCAGUACUUUUAUUUGAGUCCAGAAGAUUACAAUCGCGUUGGUUCAUCUGUUAUCACUCAUGAGCUCAAACUGGAAAAUGGUGAGACAAGAUGGGUCAUCGACACAAUUGUAGGAAAAGCAGAUGACUUGGGGGUGGAAAACUUGUCUGGAAGUGGUGCCAUAGCCGGUGUUUAUUCAAAAGCAUAUAAUGAGAUAUUCACUCUCACCUAUGUGACUGGAAGAACUGUUGGUAUUGGAGCUUAUCUUGCUCGGCUUGGCAUGAGGUGCAUUCAACGUCUUGAUCAACCUAUUAUUCUCACCGGGUACUCCACACUGAACAAGCUUCUUGGACGUGAAGUCUACAGCUCUCACAUGCAGUUGGGUGGACCUAAGAUCAUGGCGACAAAUGGGGUUGUCCAUCUGACUGUGUCAGAUGAUCUCGAAGGCAUUUCUUCCAUUCUGAGAUGGCUUAGCUAUGUUCCUCCUUAUGUUGGUGGCCCCCUUCCCAUUUUGAGAUCCCUUGAUCCUCCUGAGAGAUCAAUAGAAUAUUUCCCUGAAAAUUCUUGUGAUCCCCGUGCUGCUAUUUGCGGUAUUCAAGACAACAGUGGCAAAUGGCUAGGAGGCAUGUUUGACAAAGAAAGCUUUGUAGAGACACUGGAAGGUUGGGCCAAGACAGUGGUAACAGGAAGAGCGAAGCUUGGUGGAAUUCCUGUAGGAAUUGUAGCGGUUGAGACGCAGACAGUGAUGCAAGUGAUCCCUGCAGAUCCUGGCCAGCUUGAUUCCCAUGAACGAAUUGUCCCACAAGCGGGACAGGUUUGGUUCCCAGAUUCUGCAACCAAAACUGCUCAGGCUUUGUUAGACUUCAACCACGAAGAACUUCCACUUUUCAUUCUUGCCAACUGGAGAGGCUUUUCUGGCGGCCAGAGGGACCUAUUUGAAGGAAUACUUCAGGCUGGAUCCACCAUUGUCGAGAACCUCAGGACAUACAAGCAACCUGUCUUUGUGUACAUCCCCAUGACUGGAGAGCUCCGUGGUGGUGCUUGGGUUGUUGUCGACAGUAAGAUCAAUCCUGAGCACAUUGAGAUGUAUGCUGAAAGGACUGCCAAGGGCAAUGUUCUUGAACCCGAAGGAAUGAUUGAGAUCAAAUUCAAGGCAAAAGACCUCGUUGAGUGCAUGGGCAGGCUCGACCCUGAGAUUAUCAGUUUGAAUGCAAUGCUUCAAGAUGCGAGAGCUGGUAAAGCCGUAGGAGAUAUUGAAGCAAUAGGGAGGAACAUAAUGGCUCGACAGAAGAAGUUGUUACCGGUAUAUACUCAAAUAGCCACACAGUUUGCUGAACUACACGAUACUUCUCUUCGGAUGGCUGCAAAGGGUGUCAUCAAAAAAGUAGUUGACUGGGCAAGUUCUCGUUCUUUCUUCUAUAAGAGGCUGCUCAGGAGAGUUUCGGAAGGAUCACUUGUGAAAACUGUUAGAUUUGCUGGCGGAGGGCAGCUAUCGCAUACAUCCGCAACUGAAUUGGUCAAGAAAUGGUUUUUGGCAUCAGAGCAAGUCCAAGCUGCAGGUGCUAACUGGGCGGACGAUGAUGCCUUCUUCUCUUGGAAAGACGAUCCUAGAAACUACAAAAAGUAUCUUGAGGAGUUGAGGGUCGAAGAAGUAACCAAACAACUAACAAAUCUUGGUGAAUCAGCUUCCGAUUUGCAAAUUUUGCCCAAGUGUCUUGCCGCUGUUCUUAGCAAGAUGGAUUCUUCCACCAGAGUGCGUCUAGUUGAAGAGAUCAGAAAAGUUCUCUGAUCGAAAACUCGAUUUGGGUUUCCAAAUCCAUUGUGCAUGAGUUAUCAUCACCAAGGCCAAAAGGCAAUCGAUAAGGUGGUUCUUCCUUUAUAUGCUGCAGCUACAUAUAUUUUGUGUCAAAUUCAUAUGUUGAAGAUCAAUACCUUAUUAUUCGGUAGAUUUAUAACACAAGAUGGGAUGAACCAGUUCAUCGUCCAGUUGUAAGGAAUAAUUUUUAAUUGUUGUUAGCUAUAAUUUUUUGGGUUAUAAUAGAUUGAAUCCUUCAGUGAUUUCA